CACCAGACCUCCUGCGUGGGGUGGGGCUGGGAAGUUACUGCAUCGCUACAGUGUCCUAAGGAGGGCAGGCUUUCCAGUGGGAUUGUUGGAGCUGCAUCUCGAAGGAUGGGUAUGGUUUGGGUGUGUGGAGAGGCAGAGGAGUCACAGUCCUGGUUGACUUAAGGAGUGUAUUUGGUUGGGUUUGAAGAAAUGGCAUGUGCAAAGUUUUGGGAGUUGGGGUAGGAAAGGCAUUUUUGAAAGAGUGAGUGGAAUGGUCAGGCUGGAACACUGGGUUUGCAUGGGAAUUGUGAGAAGGAAGAUUAGAAGGAAUAGUCUUUGUAGGCCACAGAACUUGCUGGAGUGCUCCCUCUGCCUCCUCCCAGCUUCUUCCCUCUUUCUCUUCUGCUUCUCCACUUCCUCCUUGCCUCCCAACCCCCACUUACAUGCAACAUCUCAUUCCAUCCUUUAUAUUGCUAUUAUUGAGUGGAUAAUUAUUAUUCUAGUAUUUGGAUGAGAAAACCUGAGGCUCUGGCCAUGGUUACAUAGCUUGUAAUAAGGGUCUAUUCUGAGUCCAGUAAUCAUCCUGCUGACCACUGAGGAUUCUUGAAUGUGGGCAAGAAGUUGGGCUGGGCUUGUGGAGGUUGUUGGAUUUGCAGGGUGGCUGAUUGAACCGUUUCAGGCAAGAUGAGUUGGGUGGUUAAGAGCAUAGCCUCGAGUCACAUAGUUUGGGUUCAAAUCCCAGCUUCAUUACUUGCUAACUGCGUGACCCUGGGCAAGUUGCUUGAUCUUACUAAGCCUCAGUCUUCUCACCUGUAACAUGGGAGCAAUAACACCUCAUGGGGUUGUUAUGAGGAUCAAUGAGGUGUACCCGGCACAGAGCAAUUGCUCACCACCUGGAAGCAAUUGUAAUUAGCCUUGUGUAAUUAGUCUCUGGGCUCUGGCUGUGCACCUGCAUCUCAUUCUUCAGCACAUCGGUUUCCAGGACACAGCCCAUCCUGGCUGAGCUCGUUUUAUUAAGGAUGACAUCGGAGGUGCUGAAAGUCUGCCACCAGUGGCAGUGACGUGGCUGUGCCCCACGCUUAUCCACUGGGGCCCCUCCAUGAGCCUGCCAGUGCCCUGAUGGAGCCCCAGCCUUGCCCGCGAAGCGUGGCUGAGGGCUUCCUGGAGGAGGAGCUGCGGCUCAAUGCUGAACUGAGCCAGCUGCAGUUCUCAGAGCCUGUGGGCAUCAUCUACAAUCCUGUGGAGUAUGCGUGGGAGCCGCACCGCAGCUAUGUGACCCGCUACUGCCAAGGCCCCAAGGAAGUGCUCUUCCUGGGCAUGAACCCCGGGCCCUUUGGCAUGGCCCAGACUGGGACUGUCUGUCUGCCCCCAAUACUACCCAUCACAUCCUGUGGAGGGCCAGAUACUCCCAUAUGCUCUCUCUCUGUGCUUCCAAAGGUGCCCUUUGGGGAAGUGAGCGUAGUCCGGGACUGGUUGGGCAUUGGGGGACCUGUGUUGACCCCACCCCAAGAGCACCCGAAGCGACCAGUGCUGGGACUGGAGUGCCCUCAGUCGGAGGUGAGCGGUGCCCGGUUCUGGGGCUUUUUCCGGAACCUCUGUGGACAGCCCGAGGUCUUCUUCCGUCACUGUUUUGUCCACAAUCUGUGUCCUUUGCUCUUCUUGACUCCCAGUGGGCGCAACGUCACUCCCGCCGAGCUACCUGCCAGGCAGCGAGAACAGCUCCUUAGGGCCUGUGACGCGGCCCUCUGCAGGCAGGUGCAGCUGCUGGGGGUGCAGCUGGUGGUGGGAGUGGGGCGCCUGGCGGAGCAGCGGGCGCGGCGGGCUCUGGCAGGCCUGACGCCUGAGGUCCAGGUGGAGGGGCUUUUGCACCCCUCCCCUCGGAGCCCACAGGCCAACAGGGGCUGGGAGGCAGCGGCCAAGGAGAGACUGAAUGAGCUGGGGCUGCUGCCGCUGCUAACGAAAUGAGGGCCCCUGUGGCCCGGCACAGGACAUGUUCAAGGCCCCCAAGUCAUCCCGGGGCAAGCAGAGGACUACACGCCCCCUGGCCUGGAGCCACAGGGGCCUUCUGGGCUCCCUGGUUGCCGGGGCCUGCCGUGGCAGGUCUGACACUAGUCCGCUGGCUGCAUUCUUCCCCUUCCUUUGAGCACGGCCCCUGCUCCUGUGGUAGCUAAGUCCACAGAGACGGGGCGUCUGCCAACUGCGCUACCUCACUGUUGGCGCCGGGGCCUCUGCUCAGCUGAGAUGGGCCCGAACUGUGACUUCUGGGGCCGUAUUUGCUGUGUUAGACGUAUUUGCUGUGUUAGAGGAAAGAUCCUGCCAGGACCCCCACCCAUCCUCCUAGAACAGCUUCCUGCAAGCUGAGCCUUUUCCUCACAGGGACCAGGACAAAGUGAAGGCUGUGGAUGUUAAGAGUGAACUUCUUAUGGGAGACUGAGGCUGGAUCAGAGAAAGAAUUCAGUGUGGCAGAGUGUGGAAGACCAGAAGACCUGGCUUUCUUCAUCUCGGCUUUGAGGCUUCAUGGCUUUGUGAACUUUAUGACUUUGGACAGAUUUGAUGGACCUCUCCAAGCCUCCGGAUCCUCAUCUGUAAAAUGGGGAUCUCUACCUCAUGGGGUUGGGGUGGGGAUUAAGUGAGAUAACACUUGGAAGUGCCUUGCGUCCUGCCUGGCGGGUGCUCCUUAUCCUUCUUGCUUUUUUGCCUCUUGGUUGGGGCGUCACUGUACUACACUACAAAAGGAGCGCCCCCACUCCAGGACCUUGCUGGGUGAGGGGCAGAUCCUUGCCCUGCCAGAGGUGGACCAGUAACUUUAUGAAAAACGCAGCCUGUGAUUUUUCAGUCUAAGCAUUAAAAACUCCUAAACCGG